AAGAUCACUCUUCUCGUAGUUCUCUCUCUGCCUUCUACUUCUACUACAUUUCAUUUCGAUGAUGAAAAAUUAUUGUUUGUUCAAAUCAAAACUAAUUAAUUAAAAUUAAGCUGGUCUUUAGUACAUAGUGGUAACCCUCACUCUGUACAUUAAAUUUACAACUUUAAGUCGUUACUGAUCCUAUCUCAUCUAUGAAGAAAAUAUCUUCCUCAUCAUCUUCUAAACGGAAUGCCACUUCCACCGGUAGUGAGACACCCAAAAAGAAGAAGAAUGUCAAAAAAAGAGAGAGCAACCCUUCCUCAUCAUCUUCUAAGCGGAAUGACACUCCUACCGGUAGCAAGACACCAAAUAAGUUCACAACUGAUGGUGACGACGAAGAUGAAUUAACUUUUAAGAUGGAUUGGGCAAUGGUUGAGAGCAAAAUAGAUGGAAAUCGCUAUUUCAAGGCUCCACCAACAAAUCCAGAGCACCGGUAUGUAAAUAAAACGAUUGACACUAGGGAUGACAAGGGGGUUCCGGUUCCGGUCUGGUGGAAAAUGACACAGGUUUUGCUUACGAGGAAGAGGAUGUCGGAUGCGCCAGAGGACAAGAGAGAUAGUAAAUUACGAGAUUUUUACUAUCAAUUAGCCACGGAAGGUGACGAUGAAGAAACGGCGUCACAAGAAUCAGCCACAUCGGAACUGACACUUACGCCAGAAGUGAUUGAAAAAAAGACUUCUUUCCUUACUGAAACUGAGAGGAAAGCAGCAGAAAAUAAGAUAAUGGAUGCUGGUCCAGAAGGGUUGCAAGUGGAAGGGCUAGAUUGCAGGGUGGUAUAUUCAUUGCCAACAGUAUCGCGGACGUACGGUUUAUUUAAACUUAUGUUCUCAGGAGAGACCGGAGGUGGUAAAUUUAUUUGUGCAGCGGAUUCAAAUUGUUUGAGUACUCGUUCGGUUAUAAUGGAGGAGGUGCCUAAGUGCGACUUGCAUAAAGGGGAGAAGAUUGGUUUCGUUCUAGGACAAUUCACAGACGGGUUCAAUAAGAAAAAUGAUGUAGUUUUCCACACCAUUGCUUCCUUUAAAUUCAUUGAUGAUAACAAAGUAGAACAUGCGACGAGAGCUGUAAAAUUGGCAGUUUCUUACGGUAAUGGUUGUUGGGACAAGUAUACAAAGGAACGAGUGUACGCAGCAACCCCCAAAUUGGUUGAAAUUGAAGACCGUCGUCUAUACUUCGACGAUGAAUAUUCAAUGAUGAAGGUCUAUACAGCUCGUCAGUUCACCACACUCUUAAAAAUGCUCCUAUGGCCGGACACUACAGUAAAAAUUAUCUCCAGCCACACAAUCAACUUUCCUAAUGGCGCUUACAAGGAAUUAAUGGAAGAGAUGAAUUCCUGCGGUCUAGAACUCAGAAUCUUGGAUAAAGUGUCGAAAAAAACGGCAAAAAAAACUGUUCAAAAAAUACCGUUUCUCAUAACAUCAGAACCAGGCGAAACUAUUAGAGAACUGUUGACGAGAGGAAUAAGCAUCAUGAAGAGUAAGAAGGAUGAAGUAGCAGUUUUAUACUUUGUAGCAAGCCCUUACAUAAUCUACGCUGGUCAGGCCCUUAAUUACAAUGUGCACGCUGGUGAAAAUGGUAAGAGUGAUCCAGUAAUUGACUACAAUAAAAACAAAGGCAAUCAUCCGGACCCUUCAAUUGUUCCACUUGGAGUUGUCGCUGCAGAUGAUCGAUACAAAUGGGAGUUCCAUCUUCAUAUGUGUGUAGUGAUUGCCUCUCUUUUAGGAUUAAAAAAUUGUAUUAAUCCUAAGUCUUAUACUGGUCAGUCUCAUCCACUAUGUAUUAACAAGCAGACAAACUCGUCAUUUUUAGAUGAAAAUUCAUGGGAGAUUAUCCAUUCUUGUUUACUAAAAUAUUUUUUUGUUGAUGUAUACUUGGGCCCAAGUGACUCAAACUAAAUAAAUAUUCAAAUAUUUGAAAAUAC